AUGGAGGCCAAUUGCAUGAUCGAGCUGCAAGGGGCGAGGGCGUCUCAGCUGCCUGCAGGUGCUGGCUCCAGCCUGCAGUUCCUCUGUUUGAAGAACAUACGCACUUUCCUUAAAGUAUGCCACGAUAAAUUUGGAUUAAGAAACAGUGAGCUGUUCGACCCCUUCGACCUCUUUGAUGUCCGAGACUUUGGGAAGGUCAUCUCUGCGGUGUCCAGACUGUCCCUGCACAAUGUGGCCCAGAACAAAGGGAUCAGGCCUUUUCCCUCCGAGGAGACGGCAGAAAACGAUGAUGACGUCUACCGCAGCCUGGAGGAGCUGGCUGAUGAGCACGACCUGGGGGAGGACAUCUAUGACUGCGUCCCGUGUGAAGAUGAAGGGGACGACAUCUACGAGGACAUCAUCAAGGUGGAGGUGCAGCAGCCCAUGAAAAUGGGCAUGACCGAGGACGACAAGAGGAACUGCUGCUUGCUGGAGAUCCAGGAGACCGAGGCCAAGUACUACCGGACGCUGGAGGACAUUGAGAAGAACUACAUGGCCCCCCUGAGGCUGGUGCUGAGCCCGGCGGACAUGGCAGCUGUCUUCAUCAACCUGGAGGACCUAAUCAAGGUGCAUCACAGCUUCCUGAGAGCCAUCGACGUGUCCAUGAUGGGGGGGGGCAGCAGCCUGGCCAAGGUCUUCCUCGAGUUCAAGGAGAGGCUCCUGAUCUACGGGGAGUACUGCAGCCACAUGGAACACGCCCAGAACACGCUGAACCAGCUCCUCGCCAGCCGGGAGGACUUCAGAGUAAAAGUCGAGGAAUGCACGCUGAAGGUCCAGGACGGGAAGUUCAAGCUGCAGGACCUGCUGGUGGUGCCCAUGCAGAGGGUGCUCAAGUAUCACCUCCUCCUGAAGGAACUUCUGAGCCAUUCCACUGACCGGCCUGAGAGGCAGCAGCUGAAAGAAGCACUGGAAGCCAUGCAGGACUUGGCAAUGUACAUAAAUGAAGUUAAACGGGACAAAGAGACCCUAAAGAAAAUCAGCGAGUUUCAGAGUUCUAUAGAAAACUUGCAAGUGAAGCUGGAGGAAUUUGGGAGGCCAAAGAUCGACGGGGAGCUGAAGGUCCGCUCCAUAGUCAACCACACCAAGCAAGACAGGUACCUGUUCCUGUUUGACAAGGUGGUCAUCGUCUGCAAAAGGAGGGGCUACAGCUACGAGCUGAAGGAGAUCAUCGAGCUGCUCUUCCACAAGGUGACCGAUGACCCCAUGAACAACAAGGAUGUCAAGAAGUGGUCCUACGGCUUCUACCUGAUCCACCUGCAAGGGAAACAGGGCUUUCAGUUCUUCUGCAAGACGGAGGACACCAAGAGGAAAUGGAUGGAGCAGUUCGAGAUGGCCAUGUCCAACAUCAAGCCCGACAAAGCCAACGCCAAUCACCACAGCUUCCAGAUGUACACGUUCGACAAGACCACCAACUGCAAAGCCUGCAGGAUGUUCCUCAGGGGCACCUUCUACCAGGGGUACCUGUGCACCAAGUGUGGCGUGGGGGCGCACAAGGAGUGUCUAGAAGUGACGCCUCCCUGCAAGAUCAGUUCGCCUGCUGACCUGGAUGCCUCUGGAGCGGGACCAGGUCCCAAGAUGGUGGCUGUGCAGAAUUACCAUGGCAACCCUGCUCCCCCCGGGAAGCCAGUGCUGACCUUCCAGACAGGCGAUGUGAUUGAGCUGCUAAGAGGGGACCCCGAGUCUCAGUGGUGGGAGGGGCGGCUGGUGCAGACCAGGAAGUCGGGCUACUUCCCCAGCACGUCUGUGAAGCCCUGCCCCGUGGAUGGAAGGCCACCCAUUGGCCGGCUGCCAUCCCGGGAGAUCGACUAUGGUGCUUACCCCUGGUUUGCAGGCAACAUGGAGAGGCAGCAGACAGACAACCUGCUCAAAUCCCACGCCAGCGGGACCUACCUGAUCAGGGAGCGGCCGGCCGAGGCCGAGCGCUUCGCCAUAAGCAUCAAGUUCAACGACGAGGUGAAGCACAUCAAGGUGGUAGAGAAAGACAGCUGGAUCCACAUCACAGAAGCGAAGAAAUUUGAAAGCCUCUUGGAGUUGGUGGAGUACUACCAAUGCCACUCUCUCAAGGAGAGCUUCAAGCAGCUGGACACCACACUCAAGUACCCCUACAAGUCUCGGGAACGCGCAGCUUCCAGGAGCUCCAGCCGGUCCCCAGCUUCCUGCGCCUCCUACAACUUUUCUUUUCUCAGUCCUCAGGGCCUCAGCUUUGCUUCUCAGGGCUCCUCCGCUCCCUUCUGGUCAGUGUUCACGCCCCGCGUCAUCGGCACGGCUGUGGCCAGGUACAACUUUGCUGCCCGGGACAUGCGGGAGCUCUCGCUGCGGGAAGGCGAUGUGGUGAAGAUCUACAGCCGCAUUGGCGGGGACCAGGGCUGGUGGAGGGGCGAGACGAAUGGCCGGAUCGGCUGGUUUCCUUCAACAUAUGUAGAAGAGGAGGGCAUCCAGUGACGGGAAGAAUGCAGACAGGACCCGAGGAUUUUCUUGGAAGGGUUGUACCAGCUCUGAAGUCCAUCUCCAGCUCCGUGACCCAGAGGGGGAAAUGCCUGCCGACCUUCCAGUCUUCAGUAGCCUGUAGGGAUGGGGAGGGUGUUCAGAGUCCUAAACGCAAACCGUCCCAUCACCAGUCUGCCCUCGGUGGCCUGUCCUGGGUUCGCCACUUGUACAUAGAGGAAAUCUGGGCCAGCCCUGCUGUGACUGUCCCACCAGAGUGCUGAGGAGAGGGCGUGACAGUGCCAUUCAAGCCAGGUGCUGGGUGACAGCUGAAGCCAGAGCUCAUCUUGCCCCUGUCUUGUCAAGAUGGCAUCAGAAGCCUAGGUGUGAAUAGCAGAUGCUGUCCCAGGGAGGGCUGGGGAUGGCAGAGGGGACCUUCCCCCCGCCCUUGCUGCGUAGCCCCUGGGCUCCCAGCCCUCCUGCUUCCUGCUGCUCCCAGGGGUGACCUCAGGCUUUGAGAGGCAGUAGGGCGCCUGCAGCCCCAGCGUGGGCAGCGUGGGCACUGCAAGGGGCCUGCGCCGUCUCCCUUGACCUUCUUAUGUCCCUCUGCACCGGGGGCAUGCGGAGACCCCCAGGCAGGUCACUCCCGGGAGGGAGCCCUGGGAAUGAGGAAGUUGCUGAUCCUAUUCCCUGCUCAAUGGUACUGUCUUUUCCCUGAGUCCAAGGUCGUCUGUCCUGCCUGCUGCCAGGAGACAUCUUUUGUAAACCCUGAUAUGGGCGGGAAGAACACGGGUUUCCCCUGUCCCUGCUGCUCACAUUCCUGUCCAGAGGGGGCCCCACCACUCCCGCGCAGGGGGCCUCUCUGGGUCUCCUGUGUCCUGCAAGAUGGUCCCUGAGGGUCCCCCAGCCUUUGCACAGAAUGUUGGCUCUCACCCUUGGCAGGUCUUCCUUCCAAGAGCUCCUAUAGUUCAAGAACUAGGCCAGCCUGAAAUAAGUGCUCUUGGGGGUGGCUCUCCCUCUGUAGCACCCCCUCCUGACCUCUCCUGGCCUUGACCUCUCUCUGGCUGGCUUGGCUAGACCCUGUUUCCUCUGCCUGGAUGUUGCAUGAGACCUAGCGACACUCUCCCUGAGCUCCGUGCCAAUGCUACUGGGGGGACCUGGGCUUCGUGUGUCCCCUCCUCCCUUUGGUCAGCUGCACAGCCCUGUGCUGGGAGCAGGGGCCAGGCUGGGCCUCAUUUGCCACGCUGCCCCCUGGGGUUCAGCCUUGUAGCCUCCAGGCUGGGCUCCCACACCGGCACACUGGCACGGGGAGGAGGCGGGGAGGGGUCCGAGGCUGUGAGCAGCAGGGAGAAGAGAGACGACAGCCUGCGGAGGCUUGAGAAGUGAGGGUGAACAGGACCGCCGUUAGGGGGCAGUGAGCAAGGGGGGGAAUCGGCCCUGGAGGGAGCAGACCCAGGUCCCUGUCACCAGGGCGCACCCAGCACUUUGCGCGACCCUCGGCUCAGCUGGCCAGGCCGCGAGCCCCGGACGGGAGGGGAGGAAACCAGCCAGCCCCUUUUUGUUUACUGCUGUCGGAAAGGUUUUGUUUUUUCGUUUUUGUUGGUUUGUUUUUUGUUUGGCUUGUUUGCUUUUUAAGAGAAAAAGAAGGUUGUAAUUGUUUCGUCCAAAGCUCCCGUUAUAUGUCUGACUAGUAAGGAAGGGGUUUUGUGACAGCCAGGAAAUGGUGUGUAUUUGAGGCCGUCCCGAAACAGGCCAUCGUGAUACGGAAGGACACUGAGGAGACAUCGUUUACAGCCCCGAUUCUUGCGACUGUUUUGUUUGCUUGUUUGGAAACACGGACUGCGCGGCUUGGUUGGUUUUUGCACUGCUCAGGGCCGGAGGGCAGGAGGGCCAGGCGCAGGCAGGGAUCUGGGGGCUCCGGCAGGAGACGGGGCACCCUCUGGAGGGGGCUGUGGACCCGGGGCCCGAAAUUCGCUGUGAACACGGGGGCCCAAUGCAUGUGGGUCAGGGGUCUGGGGUCCUGCAGCAGGAGGCGACCCCAGAUGGAACACAAACUGUACAUUUGCCAAUAGGUUUUUUCAUACCACGGUUUUUACUGCAAAUAAACCUAAGUUGUUUUCUCCGAGA